AUGAGUAACACGACAUGUACAAAUCAAAACCUCAAUGUUAAACAUGUUGCGACACUAUUCGAAGAAGUUCAAAGUCGCUAUGUGAAGAAAUUAACCAGUAUCGAUGAGAAACAUAUUACGGCUGAUGACCGACACAAGCAAAAACUAGCCGUUUAUGAAAGUUAUGUAAAAGAUCUCUCGAUUCAAACACGAUUACUUUUGCAAAGCCUUGAUGAGCUUGAAAAAGAAGCAAAUCAACGUGUUACUUUGCUUGAAAGUAAAUUGAAGAAAGCUCACGCUUCUCUGCAGCAACAUCAUCUAUCCGACGUCUCAAAAACUGUCAACGGUGUCGAAUCAGAAAAAUGGAAAUUGAGUCAUGAGAAUCUCGAUUUAAAACACGAUCUUGAUUCGUUAACAUCUUUCAUCAAUUCAGCGAAACGAACUGGAAAAUGGGAUACAAAACGCUUACAAUUGAAAACUAUUCCAGCCGAUACGAUCAUCGGAGUGACCAAUGAUGAACUUUACAAUACUAUUCCCUUGCAUAGAGAAAUUCAAUAUCGUGACGAACGUAUUCAGGUUUUACAAGCCGAAAUCGACCAAUUGAAAAAAGCUCAAGAUGAAUUAACUCUCCAAGCAACGAAUAAACAUUCAACUUUUUCCUCUUAUACUGGAGAUGAUGACUUAAAAGGACAGAAUCUUGUUCUGUCGAAAAAAGUCGAAGAUCUUCGUACAAAACUGGCGGAAGAAUGUCAAAAAUCUGAAACAGUCAAGAUGGACAUUCGCGUUAAAACAAAUGAAUUGAAAGAACUUCAGGAAGAAUUAAAGCAAAGCAAACAACGUUCCGACGAACAUAUUCAUGAUCUAUCAACAAAAUUAAGAACAAUCUCCGAUCGGCAUCGCGAAUCAACAGCUAUACUUAACAAUGAUAUCAAAACAAAGAAACAACAAAUUGAACAAUAUGUUCAACAAAUCGAACAGAUUGUUAAUGAAAAAGUUCAAUUAGAAAAUGAAUGUAGUGAUCUUCAACGACAAUGUCGCGUGAAAGAUUCCAUCACAACAGAUCUUGAAGAACAAAUACGUAAUCUUCAACACGAAAUAUCAUCUAAUAAUACAGCAGCGCUUCCUAUUCAACCGAUUGAAUCAACUGUAUCGAAAGUUGAAUACGAGAAACUCGAUCAAGAGUUGCAUUCAACACGAAAACGGCUUGACGGACUUGUCUCUGAACUUAAGACAAAAGAUGCAUUAGUCAACAAACUUGAACAGGAUCUUCGAUUUGCCAAGAAGAUGCAUGAUGAACAAUUAGAACAACAUUAUCAAACAAGUUCAACUGAUACUGAACAGUUGCAUUCAGAAAUUCGCUCGUUAAAACGUCUUUGUGAAGAAAAAGAUGAGGAGCUCGAUAAGCGAUCCAUCGAACUACGUACAUGCCAAGAUCAUCUCUCAGUCGAACAUAGUAAAAAUGUGACGCUCGAAGAAGAAGAACAGCAGUUACGUGAUGCAAUUCAGCAAUCCAACGAGCAGAUCGAUAAACUUCAACGUUCAUUACAAGAAAUAACUUCACAAAAUGAACAAUUACAAUAUACAGUUAAUGAUUUGAAUAACCAGAACAGUUUAAUCGAAACGAAGUUAUUCGAAACGAUGACAGUUGUUGACCUACGUAACAAAACAUUGAUGGAUUACGAAGAAGAAAUGGAGAAGCUCAAAAGUGAAUUAUUACAAAAACAUAAAGAAGCGAUCGAUAAACAAGCGCAUGUUGACGAAUUGGAGCAAAUUGUUAUUGAAAAAACAGCGGAAGUUGCACAAUUAUCCGAAACAUUAGAAACAGGUUUAGUUAAAAGUCAUCAUCGAGAAAAAUUUGCUGAAGACAAUGCAACGAAAGCCUUGCAUGAUGUGAAAAUCCUUCAACGAGAAGUUCGACAUCUGACGAAGACAUUAACUGAACAAGAACAAACCAAUAUUGCAUUGAAUGAACAACUUCAACAUUUAUCUCAUGAAUUGAAAGUAAAACAAGAUGAAUUUCACAAGACACACAAAGCAUUGAACAAACAAUUAACAAUCAAACAAGAACAACUUGUUCGUUGUGAUCAGAACCUUCAUGAUUUGGAAAUCAAAUCAAAAUACGCGAAAGAAGAAUGCCUAAUUCAAGAGAAAGAAAUCGUUCGUUUGAACAAUGUUCAAGAAGAACAAGAAAACCGGAUUAAGACAUUACAACAAGAUUUAUUACGAGUUCAAGAAGAGAAAGAAACAAUUGCUCUUCAAUGCGAACGGUCCGAAUCGGAAUUACGUAAUACCAAAAUCUAUCGCGAAGAUGAACAACGUCAAUUUACCCAUGAAUUAGAAGAAUUGAAUAGCGAAAUCGCUUCAUUGAAGAGCAAGGAACAUACGCUUUUAAAUGACAUCGAUGGAUUAAAAUCAGAACUUUCCAAUGUUAGAAGCGAACGAAAUGAACUUCAAGAGCAGAACGAAAAGUAUCAAAAUGAACUGGAAAAUAUUCAAAAAUUGCUAUCCAAUGAAACAGAAAUCGGUUCAAAAUCAGUUGCAAAAGUUAUGUUAUUAACACGACAAUUAGAUGAAGAACAAAAACGUGCCACGGAGGCGACACAUCAAGCUGAAGAUUUCAAAAUGCAAUUGAAGAGUACAAUGAUGACCAAUGAUUCAUUGAAAAUCGAACUUAACCAAGCACGAGGACUUGUUCAAGAACAUAUUGCUAAAGAAACGGAUUUAAAAGAAGUUCUUCGCCGAACUGAAUCGUCAUUGGAAGAGGCGAAUCAAUCAUCAGACAGUCGACAACGUGAAAUCGAAUCAUUGAAUCAUCUGCUAUCACGUCUGCAAAUUGAUUAUGAAAAAUGCAAAACUGAUCUAUCAAAAGCACAUGAUGAAAUCGUUCAACAUGAAGUCGAAAAUCAAAUAUUGAAACAACAUUCUACCGACAAAACGAAUGAACUAUCAACAGUGACAAAUCGCCUCCAUCAGGUUCAACAAGACUUUCACUCUUAUGAAAAAGAACAUCGAUAUACAAACGAAGAAUAUUUCGAACGUGAACAACGCUUGAAAACAGUCGAAAACGAACUUUCGACGAUGAUUGGAACAUACGAACAACUCCGAGACGAACACGCCGUUUUAAAUGAAGAAUUAACCAAGCGUCGAUACGAAUUCGAACAAGUAGAAUUAUCCGAUAGUUCACACAAAGAACGAUUGAUUCAAUCAAUGGAUGAAGCGAAGAUCUACAAACGUAAAUUAACUUUACUUGGCAAUUGUUUCAAAACAGUUGUCCGAAAGGCCUCCGAAACGAGUGAACAAUGGGUUGUCAGUACAUCGAAACUUCAUGAACAAAUCACUGAUUUGAGUGAAGAUGCGAAUAAGUUACGUUCACUCGAUGAACGUCUAGAACAAUCAACGAAAAUGUUGACGCUUUUACGUAGUCAGCAUGAAGAUUUACUUCUACAGUUUAUGGCUGUUAAACCAGUUUUAGAAAAAGCGUAUUUAUAUGUUCGAGAAUAUAAACGAAAAUGGUCACAGACGAGCAACGAGAAUCGACAUUUACGAAUGGAAACGAAACGUAUGCGAAGUAAAAUCGAUGAUUUCCAUCGUGCGGAGGGUUUAAUGCAUGGCAAAAUUGACGAACAAGAAGCAACUGUAGUUCAAUUACGUAAAGAACUCAAUACCGAAGCACAAACUCAUUUCGAAGCGGAAACAUUAAUCGAACGUUUGAAACAUACAUUGGAUGAAACUGUUCGUGAGCGUGAUCAAUUAAUUAAAAACAUGGCAAAUGCAACUAAAAAGAUUGAGAAAUUUGAAAACGAUACCGAUGGAUAUAAUAAUGAAAUUCGUUCAUUGCAUCAACAAAUACAGAAAUUUGAAAAACAAUUAGCAAAUACACUUGGACAGAAUGAAGCUUUGCAAAAAACGAUCCAACAGAAUGAAUUAUCGUACCAGGAAAAGAUUAAUGAAUGUGAAUUACUAUUGAUAUCAUUGAAAGAAGCAAAUAAAAAUACAUUAGGUUUAGUUGAACAAAAGAAAAACGAAUUAAAUGCAACACAAUCCGAAAUUCAAGCAUUGAAAUAUCAACAAACAGCAACUGCUUCAAAGUUUGACAAAGUCGAAGAAAUGAAUCAAGAACUAAAGCGACACAUUGCUUUACUUGAACGAUCAAAUGACGAAUACAAACGUCUAUCCCGUAAACGUGAUCACGAACUUGAACAAGUAAAAAACGAACUCGAAAGUUCAAUCAAAAGUACCACGAUAUUAAAUACAAAAUGUGCGAAACAAGAUGCAGAAUUGACUGGUCUUCGUCAGGAAAACGCAUCCUUGACUGAAGAAGUGAAACUCAUGCGUGAAAAUAUGAAUCGUUGUCAAGAAGAACAGAAACGUUUACGAAAAGAUUGUGAUCAAGCAUUAAACUUUAUUCACGAAGGCAUUCCUGAAUUGUGUUUGGAUGAUAGUGAUAGUAAUGGUCGAAAUGGAUCAUUACACGAAAAUUUGAAAAGAAUUCCGGCAUUAAUGCAACAAUUAACAGGCGAUCGAGAUAAUUUGAAGAGUAAAAAUGCCGUAUUACAACAAUUUGUUCGUGGACUUUCGACCGAUCUGAAUGGAUGUCAAAGUGGCCAAAAGAAAUAUAAAAUGCUCAAAGCACAUUCAAAACAGCAGCAAUUGCUAUUAAAUCAAUUGGAAACACAUGUGCGGUUUUAUGAAUCUGUUUUCAAAGAAAAAGGCUUCUUUCCAUCAAUUGAAUAUCCAGGAAAUGCACCUGUAGCAUCAGCACCUGAUGUCAUUGAUAAAACUCAUCAUCGACGAAAUUAA